GGACGAAAAGAAGAAGAGCUUUUUCCCCAAGACAGCGCCCAUCGUCUUCCUUCUUCGGCAAUCAAUGAACUGAAGAUUUGGAACCUCUGAGUUGCGCCCUUUCCGGAAUCUCUCUUUUCCUUGACGUUUGAGUAAAGCCUGUAAGAGAUCAUUUCUUCCGAUUCUUUGAAUUUCACUGCUCAUCGGCUCCGCGGCGAAUCUCAGAUGUAAUGCGCCGCUUUCCGUGACGUGCUCGAGAUUGUCAAUUUUAUUUUAUAUAAAUUGAAAAAAUGGCGGUUCGUAAGCUCGUUCUUCAAUUGCGCCCUAGAGGACUCAAUCCGUCUCCAGUUGGUUCUUCCUCGCAUACGAAUAAGUUCCGAUCGAGAGGCGUUUGUGACGCCGAUUCGUUCAUUCCGCCGCCUUCUAUGCAUUCACCGAACAGAUGCGAUUUUAGGUCGUUCUCGGAGCUUGUUAAACCUAGUGGAAAUCGUGCCUUUCUAGUGGAUACGCUUGCUCUGGUGAGGGGAUUAGAAGCACAUGGGGUGCCUUCAAAGCAGGCAGAGGCAAUAACAUUUGCAAUUACGAAAGUUCUGAAUGAUAGUUUGGAAAAUAAUGCACGUUCUUUGGUUUCAAAGGCGGAUAUGCAGAAGUCUGAGAUGCUCCAAGAAGCCAACAUUUCCAAGUUUAAAUCAUCAGUGCAGAGCUCUCAGGAACACCAUUUUUCUCUGUUGCAACGUGAGACUGAAAAGCUCCUAAAUGACAUUGAGAAAAUGCGAAGUGAACUGAGGUAUGAGGUUGAUAAGCUCACUGCUGGCCAGCGAUUGGAUUUAAAUCUUGAAAGGGGGCGCAUACGUGAUGAGCUUGCAAAGCACAAUGCAGAAACUACUAACCUUACCAGCAAGCUUGACCGAGAAAUUCAAGAACUGAGGGCUCAACUUGAAGCAGCAAAGUAUGAAGUCAUCAAAUAUUGCAUCGGAACACUUGUGUCCAUCUCUGCAGUGGGCCUUGCCGUAGCUCGUGUAUAUUUGUGAGCGCACUUAAGGAAUGAAUUGGCAAUUCUUUGAGCCCAUUGCGGGAUGUGCCUUGGAGAAAAGGUAUUGGUUUAGAAUUUGAUGUUUCAUAGUUCAUACUUGGGGCUUGAGAUUUUUUAAAUCCCCUCUUCUGGAACUAUUGUAAUCUCUCACUUUUAUUAGGAUCAAAUUUCAAAGUUCGGAAAAAACAACUGUAAUCCUCGCAACUUAUAUUUUUUCACAUCAAUUGUAAUCCUCACUGUCUUUUUAUAAGAACAAUUGUAAUCCUCUUAACUUGGGUUAAAA